AUGAAAGAGCAUAAUGACUUUACCGUUGAUAUUGGAACCACCCAGGCCGAUUUCGAACAAACGCACGUUAAGAAAUUUUGGCUAUUCCAAGAUGCUUCUACCCGGCUAUCUGCAUUCAUUGCAGAGUGGACACCCUUUGGGCUUGUGGUGUCAUACUUCGUCUUUUCAACUUGCCUUUACACUUAUUGCAGUGACGAGCUCGUUGCAAUCUUCUGGUUCAUCUACAUGUGCACCAACUUCUACAUUGCUGGUGCAACAGUGCUUGAAGCUUUCAUGAGUAUCACACCUUGCCGUGAGGCAAGGAAAGUCGUCACCCAAGCAGAAGAGAAAGGCUGGCUUUUUCCAACACCACACAACAAUCUCCUGAUACUUGAUCUCAUCAUCGUGGCCUAUCUUCCAAAUGAAAAGGAUAUCAUCAUGGAUCGUGCCAUUUAUGCAUUGGAGCAGAUCGACUACCCAAAAGAUAAAUUGCGCAUCAACAUUCUCUACAACACGCCACAUCCUAUUGAACCACUGGAGAGCGAACUUUACGGUUUAGAAGAAAAGUAUUCCCACGCUCGAGUCAUUAAAGUCCCCAAUUCUACGUCUAAAGCAGACAAUCUCAACUACUUCUUUACACUGGACACUGGAUCUGACCUCAUUGCCAUAUAUGACUGCGAUCAUUAUCCGCACCCUAACAGUCCUCGCUGGGCAGUCGAGAGAUUCAUUGCGGAUCCAGAGACAGACAUUGUCCAAGGCAGGUGCAUUGUCUUCAACUCAGGAGACACAUUUCUCUCCAGUAUGAUCGCUGUAGAGUUUGACAAAAUAUAUGCCGUGUCUCAUCCUGGGCGCGCUGCAAUGUGGGGAUUCGGUCUGUUUUGUGGCUCUAAUGGUUAUUGGCGAACGUCCCUGCUGCGCGAUCUCCGUAUGGACGGCAACAUGCUUACGGAAGAUAUUGAUUCUGCUUUACGUGCAUUUUCCCGCGGAUCAAAAACAGUCCACGACCUCAAUGUAACUUCCUAUGAGCUUGCACCUACGACGCUAUCCGCUUUCUGGAAACAACGAUUACGAUGGGCACAAGGCUGGGCACAAGCAAGUAUGAAGCAUUUGAAGAUGAUCUACAACAAACCGUUAGAGCCCCUACACGACAACUACAGUCGUGACUUCACUGCUCGAUUCGGCAUACUUUCGCUUCUCUUCAUUCGAGAGAGUUCAUAUUACCUUGUGACUCAGUACACUUGUUUAGUACUCAGUUUCCUCAUCGUCAAAUUUCCAUCUUCUGGCGCGGAACUUUGGAAGCUCGUAUACUUCCAAUACCCUGUGUCACAGUGGCUUUUCAUCAUAAGGCUCGUACAACACCGGAUUAUAAUUUGUUUGGUCGCAACGCUGUGGAUCACCAAUCAGGUCAAGUCCGAGUUCGUUUCUCGAAAAAUGAUCAUUUUGUUUUCUAUCCAGUAUCCGUUCUACUUGGUUUUUAUGGCAGUUAUCGGGCUGUAUGGACAUGCCCGACAGAUUGUCAAGUACAGCAACUGGAACCCUACCGCCAGGAAGUAA